AUGGGCAACUGCUUCUCAUUACAAUUUAAUUUCGAGAAUAUCCUCAUCCGAGGCUGGGAUUCCACUGUUGGACAGGCUAAUCAUGUGUGCAAGCUUAAACAAACUCUUCCUAAUUUAUCUGCUGCUCUUGAUGAACUGAAGGCACGAAGGGAUGACGUGCAAUGGAAGGUUGAUCUUGAUGAACAACGACAACUGAAGCGACUCCAUGAAGUUCAACUAUGGCUUUCAAAAGCAGAAACUAUGAUAACAGAGGCAGAAAAUUUGAUUGCAGAUGGCCCUCAACAAAUGAAUAACUUGUGUCUCAGCGGCUGCGUUUCCAAGAAUUGCCUGCCUGCUUACAAGUUUGGGAAAAAGGUGGCCAAAACGCUUCAACAGAUAAAGGAUCACACUCGUAAUGGGGUUUUUGAGAAGGUAGCAGAGACUCAACCCGCAGCUUCGGUUGUAGUAAGACCUGAUGAGCGACCAAUUGCUCUUGAAUCCACAAUCGACAAGGUAUGGAGCUGCAUUGUGGACAAAGAUGUGGGGAUCAUUGGCCUUUAUGGCGUAGGAGGCGUCGGAAAGACAACUCUCUUGACCCAAAUCAACAACAAGUUCAGCACCACACCAGAGGAUUACAAUGUUGAGAAGAUCCAAAAUAGUAUUGGUGGGAAAAUUGGUUUUUUCGGUGAAUCCUGGAAAAAUAGAAGCCUUGAGCAGAAAACUGAGGAUAUUUAUGGGGUUCUGCGCACCAGAAAGUUCAUUGUAUUAUUGGAUGAUUUAUGGGAGAGAGUUGAUUUGAAUAAAGUUGGGAUUCCAAAACCAAAUCAAGAAAAUGGUUCCAAACUUGUUUUCACCACUCGGUCGUCUGAGGUUUGUGGCGAAAUGGAAGCUCGGCAUAAAAUUAAGGUGGGCUGUCUGAAAUUCGAGGAGGCUUGGAAAUUGUUCCAAGACAAGGUUGGAGAUGAAACCCUCACUAGCCAUCCAAAUAUUCUGAAACUAGCUGAACAAGUAGCCAAAGAGUGUUGUGGGCUGCCUCUUGCACUGAUUACAAUAGGACGUGCCAUGGCUUGCAAGACGACACCUGGGGAAUGGAAUUAUGCAAUCAAGAAGUUGAAGCAAUCCAGAUUACCCAAAAUGGAAAAUGAGGUAUAUCCGCUUUUAAAAUUCUGUUAUGAUUAUCUGGAUCCCACAAUGAAAUGUUGCCUCCUAUAUUGUUGUCUGUAUCCUGAAGAUUAUCCUAUUCCCACAAAGACAUUAGUGGAGUAUUGGUUUUGUGAAGGGCUGUUUGAAUCUGAUAAAAUUAGUGAAGCCCAAAUGGAAGGAGAUCACAUUAUCAACUCUCUUCUUAGGGCCUCUUUAUUGGAAAGAGAUGGUGAAGAAUGUGUGAAGAUGCAUGAUGUGAUCCGUGACAUGUGUUUGUGGAUAGCAUGCGAGCUUGAAGCAGAAGAAAAUAUUUUUUUUGUAAAAGCAGGGGCUCAAUUACUAGAGGAGCCAGAUGGUAAGGCAUGGGAAGGUGCAAAAAGGGUGUCAGUGAUGCAAAAUCAAAUUGAAGUUCUGAGAGAAACACUUAAAUGCCCUAACCUUGGAACAUUGUUUCUUAGCGAAAAUAGGUUGCAGGUGAUUAACGAUGGCUUCUUUCAGUUUAUGCGUCAUCUAACUGUUUUGGAUUUGUCGUGGAACGGUGAAUUAGAAGCACUACCAAAAGAAAUUUCACAAUUGACUUCUCUAGAAUGUCUUAAUCUAUCUUAUAGUGGUAUAACAGAGUUGCCAAUGGAGUUGAAAUCUUUGACAAAACUGAAAAUGUUUGACAUGAGUGAAAUGUUGAGACUCAGAAGAAUCCCACAGAAUUUGAUAUCUAGUUUUUCUAAGUUGCAAAUAUUCAGGUUGGGGACUCAGGCAACAAGAGAUUAUCCAGAGGAAGGCAAUGUUGUCGAUGGGGAUGAUAAUGAAACGCUUAUAGAGGAACUGAAAAGUCUGCAACAUCUGAAUAUACUAAGGAUACCUCCAAUAAAAACCAUGCCUGCUCUACAAAGUUUUCUAAGCCUACACUUGCUUCGAUGCUGCACCGAAGCACUAGAGUUGAGCGGUUUUAGGGAGACUAAUGUGUUUGAUGUUUUAUGUUUAGAAAACAUGGAGCGUCUGGAGAGAUUAUGCAUCUUUGAUUGUGAAAAUAUGGAGGAGAUGAAAAUGGGAAUGGGAAGACAGCAUAGCGGGGUUUCUGUUAUUACUGAUUAUACUUCACGCUUCCACACAUUGAGGGUAGUUGAAAUUUCAGGUUAUAAAUAA